CCCGAGCGGAUUUACUUCGCAUGGCUGGGUUAGCUCCCGUCGUAUGAUAUUAUUCGCCUCUAGCGACGACUCCUUACGAAUACAAUCGAAUCUUUGUGUAAUCAUAAUCAGAACUUCGGAAGAUGGACUUGUAGUGCUUACUUCCUAUAUAAGCACAGGUUAAUAUUAAAAGAGCUUGGACUAAUCGAAUAUUGGACUUCGUCGAGUCGAGGGGCGAAAAGAAUUAACUACCAAAUCGAAACCUCAUUGACAGACAAAACGAACAAUGGGUUAUACACACCGGGAUAAUGCGCAAUUCAGCCGCUCGGGAUGGAGGAAGAGGAUACUUCUGCCAUGCUGGAUCAUCCAAAUCGGGCUUCUGCUAGCAACAAUGGGUUUAUUCUCAUACCGAUUGUCGCAUACGAUAAAAACGUGGAAAGACGAAGAGGAUUUGGGAAAUAUACCAAUGGUGGAGUUUGUAUGGGAAGCCGUCAACGUCGCCUUUUCCUUCAUCUCCCUUGUGAUAACAUUCUUCUCGAUAGCGAAAUUUAUCGCUGAGGUGUUGACGCCGCUUCCGUUACUAUUCAGCAAUAUCCUGAACCUGGUCUUCGCAUCAGCAGUUCUGGCCCUAGACAUUGUGGUUUACCUCAAGCAUACGGAGAAGCAAUACUCGUUAGCAGGCCUAGCGAUGGACUGCGCUCUCAUGUUCUUCACAAUCAUCCCAGCAAUAUACUCCUAUAUCAUUUACCGUCGCCUGCUGAGCUACGACGACUACCACAUCCCCGGCAACGUCAAGCCGUAUGGUUAUGCCAGCGAACCCGAAGAUACAGCGUACCGUUCAUCAUGGCUCGAACCACCAGUACCUUAUGACCCCACAAAUCCUGGAGGAGUAACACGGCCGCGGGCCCUCUCCGCCGCUAGCCGCCGCCUUUCUUUGUCGCUUAGCAGCCGUGCCGCGUCACCGCAGCUAACGCCUCCAACCCCUGAACGCGUACCUGGGGAGCGCCGCGGGAGCUAUACCCACAAGCGGGAUACCCAAUUUGACGAAUACGUGAAGCGGCGGUCAAGUGGAUACACUAAACUUGAUGUGGAGCGCGCUCUUGGCGUCGAAUUUGGUUGGGAAGAUACCCAGGAUACGCGGGAUAGUAUGAUCAGCUCGGGAAGCGUAACUAUUUCGCAAGCGAGAGCAAGAGGCGACUCGCUAUCGACGCAGCAGGCGAGCAUGGAAGCAAUUAUUAGCAGAAAUAGCAGCACCGCGACUACUACCACCAAUACCAACUCGACCGUAACGCUAGAUGCGCCGAGUGGGAUGGUGAGAGCGCAUAGUUUGAACAGCGUUCCUGAAGCGCAGGAGGAAGAGGGGCUUGGAUUGGAGAAAAAGAAGACGAAGGCAGACCGCGAGGCGCUUCUUAGCGGCGUUGAAACCAAAGGAAUAUCACGAUCCAGCUCUGGAUCCAGUAGGAAAAGCGUGCGACUGAUCGAGCAAGUCGACGGGUUGGAAGAUAUCGACCUUAAUGGUCAAAGACGGAAGAGGAAUUUGUGAUACCCGGUGGUCGAAAAAAAGGAAAAGAGAU